GUCGUGUUUCCCCCGCAGGGCGGUGAAGGGUUGUCGGCCAUUUGCAACUACCGUCCUUCACAGCAUGAUGCUAUCUCCUUAUUUUCCGUGGAUUCGCGGGCCUCGGGGUUAGAAAUUCCCACCUCCGAUGUAAGAGUAUUUACGCUAGCUAUUACAUAACACGCAUUCCUCACAGACCUAUCAUAAUAAUUCGGAUAAUUAGUAUGGGUAUGUGCUCGGUCAGGCCUCGCUCCCGACGUGACUUUUGAGUCGACUCAAAAGCCAUCUUGGAAUCAUGGGUUUUUUGGGGGGAUUCCGUCUCUUAACGGGUUAUCCAGAGGCGAUUCCGUCCCCUUCCGGAAUACCCUGGGGCUUAGGGAGAGACCUGCUUUUGAAUCGACUCAUAAGUCAUAUUGAAUACUACGGGUACUAUGCUCGGUCAGGCCUCGCUCCCGGCGACGGAAGGGGACGGAGAAAAGACGGCAGCGCCGAUGAGUCAUGGCGAAUCACAGGGUGAAGUAUUUCGCCGUGAACAGACGUCUUUCCUCAUCAUCCAAACUCGCGUGUGCUCGGUGACUCUCUUUCCAAGGUUCAAAAGGUUCUUGAGGCGGCUCACAAAGAGUACUACUAGUACCACUUCGUCUCUCGAGUCAGAGAGAGGGUGAAGAGGGAUCUUCAAAGAAGCUCUCAAUUCAUUUCACUGCGUCCCCGUCCUCCAGAGGAGGUUCUUGAAGUGCCAAGAAUCAUUUUCGAGCAAGAGGCUCUCCUCAAGUGCUUUUGAGGCGCCUCAAGAGCGGUUCUAAAGUGCCAGGAAUCAUUUUCGAGCGAGAGGCACUCCUCAAGAGAGUCGGAGCCUCGUGUUUGACUCAAACCUAGAGUCGGGUCGUCCCUCCAUCGUCCCUCCUUCCUCUUCUGCCGUAGGUGCUCCCUAAAAAGACCCAGUACUGACGACGAUCAGCAUAAUAGAACCUCUUCUCAGCGGCGCCGCUCUUGGAUCAACUUGGAUCAACACAACAUCUCUGAGCAGCUGGGAUUUCCGUCAUGAAGAUUCGACGUGCCUACCUUCUGCCGGUCGUGCUCCUGCUCACCGUCAGCGGCAUUCUUCCUCCCACGGCAAACGCACGACCGAGCUGGCCAUCUCAGCUCAUUUGCAGCAAGACCAUUUGGCCCGAGGUGCUGGGCAUGAAGGGAGUGAGCGCUCGCAACUACAUUCUUGCUUCUGGGCCACAGUGCGACUGGGAUGUGCGAAUCCUCCUUGCCGGCGCUGUUACCACCCUCGAAUGCCGCCCGAACCGAAUCUGUCUUUUCCUCAACAAGAAUGGCUUUGUUCGGAUGGUUCCAGUACUGUGCGUUCCAUAACCAGAUUAGCUACUCUGGCUUGACCAUAGCCACAAUAACUUAUAAAAAGUUUGCUCAGAAAGGCGUAUGGGGUUCAUCAGUUCUUAUCUAGUUGAAUGCCACUUGGUUCGUCUCACAACCAACAUUUUUGUCCUAUGUUUGGCCAUCUACCGGUAAACAUUCCUG